CCGUCUGUCGGUGUACAACAGCGAGGCGCAGCUUCGCAAUUAAAGCGCAGGAAGGAGAGAAAAAAAAAAAGGCGAAGUGGGGGGCAAAAAUGAUUUAUCUGUCAACGGCGAAUUUGUGUUGGGGAUUUAGAUUGCUCUGACUAUCAGCAUAUACACUACCGAACGGUCCUGGCCGGGGCGAGCAAAGGGAUUGAUGCGUAAAAGCUGCAGGACGGUAGCAGCUGCUGCUUGUAUAAUCGUCCGCCUUUUUGCUGCUUGAUCUGCGCGUCGUUUCAGCACUGGACAGCGACCGGGACCGGCGCCCGCUGAAAACACGGUGAGGGGCCCCGAGGAGACACUCAGGGGACACCCAGGGGACACCCAGGGGACCGGGAAGGACACCGAGGGGACACCCAGAGGGAACCUGAGGCGGGUCGCCUGGACCCCUCGCUUUGGCUCCGGGGGCCAAUGCGCCUCUAGUCUUCACAUCAACAAGCAGCACUGCUCGUCCUGGACUAAGAUAGCAGCACCACAUCCCCCCCAUCCCUCCCUCCCUCCCUCCCGACUGCUUCCAUUCGCUGAUCCCGACGAGUCCUGCGUCUAAAGAGGCACCAUGGGAAACCGUGGCAUGGAGGACCUGAUCCCUCUGGUCAACAAGCUGCAGGAUGCCUUCAGCUCCAUCGGCCAGGCCUGCAACCUGGACCUGCCGCAGAUCGCCGUGGUCGGCGGCCAGAGCGCGGGCAAGAGCUCCGUGCUGGAGAACUUUGUCGGCAGGGACUUUCUGCCCCGUGGCUCUGGCAUCGUCACCCGCAGGCCCCUGGUUCUGCAGCUUAUCAGUGCCAACACUGAAUGGGCUGAGUUCCUCCACUGCAAAGGGAAAAAGUUCACAGACUUUGAUGAGGUUCGCCAGGAGAUCGAGGCCGAGACUGAUCGGGCCACAGGGGCCAACAAAGGCAUAUCUCCGAUUCCCAUCAACCUCCGGGUUUACUCCCCUCACGUGCUGAACCUGACUCUCAUCGACCUGCCGGGGAUCACCAAGGUGCCGGUCGGGGACCAGCCGGUGGACAUCGAGCAGCAGAUCCGGGAGAUGAUCAUGCAGUUCAUCACCAGAGAGAGCUGCUUGAUCCUGGCCGUCACCCCGGCCAACAGUGACCUCGCCAACUCCGACGCCCUCAAACUGUCCAAGGAUGUGGACACCCAGGGUCUGAGGACGAUUGGAGUGAUCACCAAAUUGGAUUUGAUGGAUGAGGGCACGGAUGCUCGAGAGGUGCUGGAGAACAAGCUGCUGCCACUCCGAAGAGGUUACAUCGGGGUGGUGAAUCGCAGUCAGAAGGACAUCGAUGGCAAGAAGGACAUCAAGGCCGCUUUAGAGGCUGAGAGGAAGUUCUUCUUGUCCCACCCGGCGUACAGGAACUUUGCGGAGAAGAUGGGCACGCCUCGCCUGCAGAAAGUGCUCAACCAGCAACUCACCAAUCACAUCCGGGACACCCUGCCAGCUUUUCGCAGCAAGCUGCAGUCCCAGCUGUUGGCUCUGGACAAGGAGGCCGAGGAAUACCGAGGAUACCGGCCUGAUGACCCGUCCCGCAAAACCAAGCAGCUGUUGCAGAUGGUGCAGCAGUUCUCCGUGGACUUUGAGAAGAGGAUCGAGGGUUCGGGGGACCAGGUGGACACGGUGGAGUUGUCCGGGGGAGCAAAGAUCAACCGUGUCUUCCACGAGAGAUUCCCCUUUGAACUGGUCAAGAUGGAGUGUGAUGAGAAGGAAAUGCGCCGUGAGAUCAGUUAUGCCAUCAAAAAUAUCCACGGUAUUAGAACUGGACUUUUCACUCCAGAUAUGGCGUUUGAGGCUAUCGUGAAGAAGCAGAUCAUGAAGCUGAAGGAGCCUUGCGUCAAGUGUGUUGACAUGGUGAUCCAGGAGCUCAUUAACACCGUACGCCAGUGCUCCAACAAGCUGGAUUCCUUCCCCACGCUGCGCGAGGAAACCGAGAGGAUUGUGACCUCACACAUCCGAGACAGAGAGAGCCGGGCCAAGGACCAGGUUCUGCUGUUGAUCGACAUCCAGCUCUCGUACAUAAACACCAACCACGAGGACUUCAUUGGCUUUGCUAACGCUCAGCAGAGGAGCAGCCAGACUAAUAAGAGCCAGAGUGCAGCUGGGAAUCAGGUGAUUCGCAAAGGCUGGCUGACCAUCAACAACAUCAGCAUCAUGAAAGGAGGAGCCAAGGAGUACUGGUUCGUGCUGACCGCUGAGAGCCUGUCCUGGUUCAAGGAUGACGAGGAGAAAGAGAAGAAGUACAUGCUCCCGCUGGACAACCUGAAGGUCCGCGACGUGGAGAAAAGUUUCAUGUCCAGCAAGCACAUAUUCUGCAUCUUCAACACGGAGUCGAGGAACGUGUACAAGGACAAUCGCACCCUGGAGUUGGCCUGUGACUCUCAAGAGGACGUGGACAGCUGGAAAUCAUCUCUGCUCCGCGCUGGAGUCUAUCCUGAAAAGACGGCUUCGGUUGAGAGCGAGACCACCACCACCACGGACAACUUCUCCAUGGACCCCCAGCUGGAGCGGAAGGUGGAGACCAUCCGUAACCUGGUGGACUCGUACAUGGCCAUCGUCAACAAGUGCAUCCGGGACCUGAUCCCCAAGACCAUCAUGCACCUGAUGAUCAUUAAUGUGAAGGACUUCAUCAACGCAGAGCUGUUGGCUCAGCUGUAUUCUGCCGGGGACCAGAACUCCCUGAUGGACGAGUCCCAGGAGCAGGCCCAGAGGAGGGACGAGGUGCUGAGGACCCACCAGGCCCUGAAGGAGGCCCUGGCCAUCAUCGGGGACAUCUCCACCUCCACCAUCACCGUCCCCCUGCCUCCACCUGUGGACAACUCCUGGGUGGGAGGAACCAGUGGGGGUCGCAGGUCCCCUCCCCCCAGCCCCACCGCCCCGAGGAGGAUGUCCUCCGGCCAGCGUCCAGCUCCCCGAGGGGCCCCGCCGCCACCAAACCGCCCGGGGCCGCUGGGGCCCUUCAACAACACUGCUGACAGCCCUCAGGCUCCCAGCCGCCCCAACAGGGCCCCCCCCAGCAUCCCCAGCCGGCGGCCUCCCCCGUCUCCUACAAGACAGGCCCCAUAAUCAUCUCAUCAUCCAGGAGGGAGGGGGGUGUCUGGUACCCCGGUGACCCCGGUGACCUCCCCCCCCCACCUCAGCCACGGCUGUCCUGCUCUCCUUAGUGCUGACACUGAAGUCUCCCCGACCCCCUUUGAACCUCAAGCCCCCCGUCCCCCCCCCAACCCCCCGCCCCCCCACCAGGCGACGGCGUCCAUAUAUCUGUGUACAGUAUGGUACUUGUCUUGUGGUGUAUGUGUACGUGCUGCUUUGUUGCUCGCCUGCGAUACGGGUUUUUGGUUUCUGCAGGACCCGGUAUCGGUCCCUGGGACAUCCUCCUCCCCCUCCUCCACCUUCACAAGCAGAACCUUCCCUCAGCAGAGCCCCCCCGUCACCACAACCCCCCCCGUCACCGCUCACGCUACCCUACUCAUUCCAAAGUGCAGCAUGGCACAUGAGCUGCUUCUCUUGCAUGGGGGUGCGUGUAUGUAGAGUGUGUGCACGUGGGGUUUGUGUGUAUGUGUAAGAAGGAGGGACUAAUUUGCCUAUAUGUAGGCUGACGUUGAUUUAGUAUUGUAUGAAUAUAUUGUAUAAUGCCCCCCCCCCCACCCCCAACACCACCAGUGGUAACUACUGUAUCAGCUUGAUGUUCUCUCAUAGGAACAGAAGUUGGGUCUUAGUGUAAGUGUGUAUAUGCAUUUUUUUUUUUCUGUGAGGAUAAUACCGUGUAUGUGUAUGUGUGUGUGUGUGUGUGUGUGUGCGUGUGCGUGUGUGUGUGAGAGAGAGAGAGAGAGUGUGAGGCUGUGCGUGUGUGUGUAUGUGUGUGCUGUCCGUCUGCACGUUUGUUGGCAUUUCAGUUCCAUUUGUUUUCUUGGUCAAAGCUGUUAAUGAAUAAUUAUAUAACCCUUUCAAGGGGGAGAAUUUACCGUGUGACUGUUGUGAGUCGUUCCCGUGUCGUAGUAGCAAAGUCAUACACACAUAGCAAGGCUGAGGAGCACAUUCAGUAUUCUACUCUAUGGAAAAACAGCCUCAAUAAUGCAUCCACCAUAGGUGUCCACCUGUGCUGUAUCAGUGGUCGAAUUCGUGACCCCUUUACGGCCUGAAGCUCUGAUCCACAUGCUGACUGGAGAGACGGACGGGACUGGAGCGUUGCACUUGGAGAAGAAUAAAAAAAAGAAAAAAAAAAGAAAACUUCUUGGAUAGACAAGUUCAUCUAACAAUGGACCGUGAAAUGCUUUAACAGGUUUCCAUUUAGCCUUUUUCUCAGGUUUGAAACAUGCAAGUCCAUGCACAUCACAAACCUCUUUGAACCAAAACUCUCCUCUUUUUUUUUUUCUGCUCGCUUCCUUCCAAACACUGAAGCCAGCCCGUCAGCAUUUGCAUCACGGCUUGAGGUCGUAUCGUCAGUGUUUCAAGUGCUUCUCUGUCCGUUUGUUAUUGUGUAUGUGGGCCUAAACUGUGUGUUUAUGUAUAUAGGUAAAGAUAAGGAGAUGUAUCAGUGGAUUAUUAACAACCUCGUUGAGAAUCCUAGCGCUUUAAUUGUUCUCUUUGUCUCUCUUCACUACAUGCUUUUCUCUAAUUUAGACUGCCUUACUGGCAUGAGUUACAAUUCUUUAUUGCCAAAGUUAAUUAAAGAAGGAGAAUUGCAAAGUUAAAAAGAAAAAACAAACAAAUCAGCUGUAAACCAGCAUCAGUAUGGUUCUGUAUUUAGCAAAGGACACAAGGACAUAAUGUUAAAUUUGAGAAAAUGCAUCAACUGUUAUUUUUUGUGUGUCUGUAUUGCUCCUCAAUAAACUUCUUCCUCAUGAUAUCA